UAUUUUAUUUACAAAGCGGUUUUACAAAAUAAAAUAUAAUUGUGUGAAAUACAGACGCACGCGCCCUCUCGCGGUGUUUAUGCGCGUGAGCUCAAAUAACGUUCGCGCUUUUCUACAAUAUCUGAAACAUCGAAAAACAUAUCCAAAACACUUACACGUUUUUAGAUAAGUUAAUUUUGUUAAUUUAAGCUGUCAAAAUACCCGUUACGCACUUAGGUAUCUGCGCCAUCUAGAGAAGGAGAAUGAAUGAGUUGGAGGACCAAGAGUACAGCUACAAAAGAGACUUAUCUGAAGGGUCUCUUGUUCCUUCACACCACACCCAUGAAAGUUCUAGAAUGGCCAAUCUCAUUAGUCAUGGGAUGCAUCCAGUACCGGUAUACUCCAGGAUGGAAGAAUCCCUGCGGGAGGACGACUACACCACGUACAGGAUUCUUCCACAGCUAACAUGUGAUCCUUUGCCUCCAGUAGCCCACUUCAGCUUAGCGUCCUAUCCUGAAUACUUACUGGCUCAGUCUAGCCAUUAUCAGCAUGCACUAGGCCAACCGUACAGCUCCUGGCCAUCCCAGGAGGCUUUUCAUUACGGCAUGUCAUCAGGAGAGAUCUGUCGAGCUGUCACCAGUAUCAGCUCUGAUGGUGCAGAUGUUUACAGUCUGGAGGGGUAUUCUACAGAUCAAGGAUUCAGACAUCAGGAUGGAAAUCAGCCUCAUGCUCUUCUUGUGCCACCUCAUGACCAGAAGCUUCCAGUUGAGAUGUCCAAUAUUUGUCAGAUGUUACAGCCGGUGCAGGUUGUGUGUGAUGUGACCGGUGGAGGGCAGGUCGUCGUGCUGAACCAUUGCAGUCCCGAUCAGAUUCCUCACUCUCUGAUGAUGGAUCUCAACACAGUGUCUCUGCCAAAACCAUCGGAGCAGAGCUGCUCUACUGAGGACCACUCACCUACUGGAAAAGCAUCAGAUGCCAGACAUUCGGAGAAGACCGCGUCCACUGGACUACCUCAGACCCACAAGACAUCUGCAGGUGUCACAUUCAACCUCGCGCCAGGACCUUAUGCUUCACAGCUUCAUCAGGCGCUUUGCCCUACUCAGACUGUAGAACUGGAAGAGGAAGGGCAGACCAAAGGACGUAGACGUGUGAAGUGGGAAAAAUCAAAGCGACCCUGCAACUGCACAAAAUCUCAGUGUCUGAAACUUUAUUGUGAAUGUUUUGCGAACGGAGAUGUCUGCAACAACUGCAAAUGCUUAAACUGCUACAAUAAUACUGAACAUAACUUGGAGAGAUCCCAGGCUAUAAAGGCCUGUCUGGACAGGAAUCCAGGGGCUUUUCGGCCUAAGAUUGGCAGUAGGAAACAGGGGAAUGUGAAGGGAUGUCACACAAAGGGCUGCAACUGCAAGCGUUCAGGCUGCCUGAAGAACUACUGCGAGUGUUACGAGGCCAAAAUCAUGUGCACGUCCACCUGUAAGUGUGUGGGCUGCCGAAACUAUGAGGAAAGUCCUUCGAAGAAGAGCUCUGAGCGGGACAGACCUGACUACAGCAUCUACUACCAAACCAGGAGUCCUCUGGCGUGCAUCACGCCCGAUGUAGUGGAAGCCACAUGCGGCUGUCUCCUCGCCCAGGCUGAAGAGGCAGAGAAGGAAGGGUACACUUCGGCUCAUGCUGAGAGAAUGAUUUUGGAGGAGUUCGGCCAGUGCCUGACGCAGAUUGUCCGCUCAAUAUUCAAAUCCACCAGCGUGCAAUUCAAUGAGUAGAUGGGGAACAAAUGCUCAGUGUUACGAUUGAUCCAGAUGUGCUUUGGUUACCAACAAGUGUUGUUUUCAUUUACUUCAACGUUAAGAGAUGCUAUGAAAAAUUCACAUCGUCAAGACUUUAAUGGCACUUUUUAUUUAUAUAUUAUUUAUUUUUUUACUAUUUAUUCAUUUAUUUAUUAAUCGUUCCUUUAUUUUAUUUUCCAUCGCACCACUUCACAUCUGCAGGAUUUUAAUGGAACAUUUUAUUUAUAUUUAAAUAUGUUAUCUAAAAAUUAUUUUUGUUACAGUAUUUAAAUUAUUCCAACCACGUUUUUAUUGGCAGUAUGUUGAUAUUAUUGUAUAUUAUAUUGUAUUUAUAACCAAAAAGCAAAAUCUUUGACAAAACCUUGCUUUUGAAGAAUUUGAACAGGAGCAAUGUUUACAUUGUUUUUUCCACAUUACCUGUUGCUUGUUCUGGAAUAUUUUAUCCUGUUUGGAAACUUGAUCUCAGUUCUUGCAUUACAAAUUUUGCGUGGCAUUUUCAUUUUGCCAUUUGCGGUUGUUUUUCUGUAAUGGAGCUGUCACUGUGUUUAUGCAUCAGUGACUGUUUUUCUGUGUCAGUAUUUAUUUAUUUAAAUAUAAAUGGUGUGUUACUUUGUGUG